AUCUCCUCUUCUUAUCGCCUCCUUCGUCCUGAAUUUUUAUUUAAUUUUUCUGAGGGAGAGAAUAAUGGCAGGUCUUAGGCUGAGUCCAAAUGUCUGUCUUCUUCCAGUAUCCAACAAGCCCUCUGCUUCGAAUCGCCGAGCAUCCAGUUUUGUAGUGAAGAAUGCAAUCUCUGUUGAAGAAAAGAAGGGUUCUUUAUCCCUCACCAAGUCUGAGGAAAUCUUCGAAGCCGCGAAGGAUUUGAUGCCUGGAGGUGUGAAUUCUCCUGUUCGUGCCUUUAAAUCAGUUGGCGGGCAGCCCAUUGUGUUUGACUCUGUCAAGGGUUCCCGAAUGCGGGAUGUUGAUGGUAAUGAAUACAUUGACUAUGUAGGGUCAUGGGGUCCAGCUAUAAUUGGUCAUGCAGAUGACAAGGUGAAUGCUGCCUUGAUUGAGACUUUGAAAAAAGGCACGAGCUUUGGUGCUCCAUGUGUGUUGGAGAACGUACUAGCCGAAAUGGUUAUAUCGGCUGUUCCAAGUGUCGAAAUGGUUAGAUUUGUCAACUCUGGCACAGAAGCUUGCAUGGGCGCGCUCCGCCUUGCCCGAGCAUUCACUGGCCGUCAAAAGGUUCUCAAAUUUGAAGGCUGCUACCAUGGACAUGCUGAUGCAUUCCUUGUCAAGGCUGGGAGUGGCGUUGCAACCCUUGGCCUUCCCGAUUCCCCUGGUGUUCCUAAAGCUGCCACCUCCGAAACCAUAACAGCACCUUACAAUGACAUCGAGGCUGUGAAAGCCCUCUUUGAAACCCACAAGGGUGAAAUCUCUGCCGUGAUACUCGAGCCUGUAGUCGGAAACGCCGGCUUCAUCGUUCCAAAGUCCGAUUUCCUAGCAUCGCUCCGUCAGAUAACGAGGGAGGAUGGCGCCCUGCUGAUCUUUGAUGAGGUGAUGACUGGAUUUCGUCUUUCUUAUGGUGGGGCCCAAGAAUAUUUCAGCAUAACUCCCGACUUGACAACUAUGGGUAAGGUCAUCGGAGGUGGACUCCCCGUUGGUGCUUAUGGUGGAAGGAAGGAUAUUAUGCAGAUGGUUGCCCCAGCUGGGCCAAUGUACCAAGCUGGAACCCUGAGCGGUAACCCUUUAGCGAUGACAGCAGGUAUUCAUACUCUCAAGAGGUUGCAGGAAUCUGGAUCCUAUGAUUACUUGGAUAAGAUCACGGGAGACCUAGUUUCUGGGGUUUUGGAGGCUGGAAAGGAGUUCGGGCAUAAAAUGUGCGGUGGAUACAUCAGGGGAAUGUUUGGUUUCUUCUUCACUGAAGGCCCGGUCUUUAAUUUUGAGGAUGCGAAGAAAAGUGACACUGAAAAGUUUGCGAGAUUUCAUAGGGGGAUGUUGGAGGAAGGUGUAUACUUGGCUCCAUCGCAGUUUGAGGCAGGAUUCACUAGUCUGGCGCAUUCUUCAGGAGAUAUUGAGAGGACGGUAGAGGCAGCUAAAAAAGUUCUCAAGAGGAUAUGAUUUGAUCAAAACUGUAAGUUUCUGAAAUAUUUUCACCAGAGUUCUCUUCUCAUGUUCUUAGUUUUGGUAGAUUAUAUCAUGUGCAUUUUCUCUUCGGUGUGUAGUAAGAGCCCCUUGUUGAAAAUAGUGUCACUAACAUUUAUUCCUUUCGGCUGGAAAACUUGUCCUUGGUGUUGUAACUCUGUAAGUUGGCUUUGUGGUUGGAAGUAUGAGUAGGUUUUCCCUUUCCUUC